AUGUUCCAGAUCUACCUCCUGAACUUCGUGACACACAUGCAGUCAAAGAAGGUCUUCAUCGAGUGCGACAUGGCUACAGGCUACAUCCGCGUCAGCACCGAAACUAUGAAAAAGAUACCGGGCAUCGCAACCGACAGGGGACUGGUGAUGGAGCUGAAGAACUUCUGCCACAAAAACAAGCUUGAGACAGCACAGCAUCUUGCUUUCUGCCAACUGAAACUGCCUGGCGUCGUGGCUGCGCUGAAGACCAGAAUUGCCCUGAGAUUAGUGUUGAAUGCCAUAGAACGGGCUCUGUUGGAAAUAGAAGAGAGAGGCCUAUUAGGGGAAAUGGAUGCAAACAUAGUACAAAAAGAGAUCUCCCUGAAGAUAAUGGCAGCACAGAAUUUUCCUUACGUCAUAAAUGCCUGUUCCACUCGGUCAUUGCUCCAGAAUAUAUCAUGGCUAGACAGAGACGAACAACUCCUGCAUGAAAUUGAGUGCAGAGGAACCAUCAUCAAGUUUUACGCCAAUGAUGUCAUUGUAACCCAGGGUCACUCCGCUGGAGGCUUGUUUAUUGUUCUUAAUGGCCUUGUCAGGUCAGAGAGUCAGCGAAAUCUGGACAAUAUUUACUCAGCCGUCAACGAUAAAGCCGUCUACUACUGCAGCAGCAACAGAAAGCUAUCUCUUAGUGGGGUCACUAAUGCAAGCGACUUGAGUCCUCUAAUCCUGCACGGUUUCUGCACUAGAGGAAACAUUAUUGGCGAGCUAGCUUUUCUGAAUGAGAGGCCGGAGCACAAAACCUAUCGUUGCGCUACUUAUGUCGAGACCUUUUUCAUCAGCAGCCUUGACCUAACUGAGAUAUCCAAGAGAAGCUGCGAUCCCGAGGACCCUUUGACGCCCCUAGAGAAGAAGAUCUGGAGAACGAUAGCAAUUCGUCAGGCAGCCCGCAUGAUUUACAGUGGAAUAUUAAGCUCUAACCUCUCAAGCCUGGCACUAUUCCGGCGAAUCAUGGAUUCUUACAUUGUCGAUGGGAACAUCACCAGAACACUGACUGUUUCUCCAGACGAAGUGGCAGCUGUGAUUCUGAUUCAAGGUUACGUGAGCCAGUUUUACAGUGAGCUUAGAUAUGUCGGUCCGUGUAUUUUGCCAUAUAACCAACAGAAGUUUCUUAGCCAUCCCGAGCUAGGCCCUCGUGUCAUUUACCUCAUCGUCAAGAGCAAGUCGAUGGAGGACACAGGGCUAGAAAGUCUGGUACCUGAAGAGCCACAGAUGUCCACUUACGAAGACUCGUUGACAAUUUCUUCCGGAGCUUCGGAUAUAGAUCCUUAUAGGAGAGACAAGGACGAUAUCGGAUUGAGAGAUGAAUCGGAUUAUCCGCACCGGGCACUGGCAAGUGGAAUGUCCGAGAGCCAAUUAGAGGAAGUCACCAACUACAAGACUCGUCUGUCUAUGAAAGGUUUACGUCCAGCAUCCGUAGCUCCAAUUGUGGAGCCCAAACCGGAGUCUAGGAUUUCUACCUACUGGACCUAG